GCCACCGGCCGGUCUUUCCUCCUCCUCCUUCCUCUUGUCAGUUCCGGUGUCCUCUCUGUUCUUGGCAGGCGGUGACUGGGUGAGAAUGUUGGCUCCACGAGUGCUUAACCUGCUUGGGAGGAGGGCUCUCACCACCUCCGCCUGUCUCCAAGGACACGGGGACACUGGAGCAUACAGACAAUGGGGGAGUAUUGCAAUUCCUGAAUACACCCUUCCCAAGUACAACGACCAUCGCGCCGUCCCUCUCCCGGAAGUUUCCUAUGUAGACCACCUGUCACCGGAGCAGAAGUCACUGAAAGAGAAGGAGAAAGGAGCAUGGGCAUCUCUCAGCGCUAAUGAGAAGGUGGAUUUGUACUACAUCAAAUUCCACGAGACCUAUGCUGACAUGAACAAGGGAUCAAAUGAAUGGAAGACUGUUCUUGGCGGCACAUUGCUCUUCAUCGGUUUCACUGCCUUCAUUUUCAUGUGGCAGAGAAAAUACGUGUUCGGAGAAAUCCCCCACACUCUAUCUAACGAUUGGGUGGCCAUGCAGACCAAGAGGAUGCUGGACAUGAGAGCCGGGCCCAUUGAAGGACUCUCAUCCAAGUGGGACUUUGAGAACAACCAGUGGAAGAAAUAAGAUGUCCGCCACCGUUUCACUCCAGUUCUGCAGACAAGAACCUCCUUAAUGGUCCAUUCACAACAAUACCUCAUUGCUUAAUUACUGGAAUGUUUCCGCCCUCACCAUCUUACCAAUAAAGUGCUGGUUUACUUGAA